ACCAUCAAAAAUUGUUACCCAUAUUAUCGCCCACUAUCUCGUUCAUCGGAGGAAACAUUUUAUUUACGUUUCAUCAAAUCUCUCUUUCUUCGGGAUCGUAUGAUUGUUUACGAUGGGUCCUGUUGACAUAAGCAAACUAUUUUGUCGGCGUAGGUUUCCGAAGGGAAUAGCUCUUGUUCCAAUCCUUGUUUACUUCCCGAUUGGACUUGUAUUGGCCAUCCUCAGAGUGUUCAUAUCUUUCACAGCUGUCAUCGCAGCAUUCCUCUUACGAAGUCUACCAGCUCUUCAAAGAGUUGUCCUGAGAGUGCUGCUGUCUGUACUUGGCAUUGUUGUCACAUCUGAUUGCACAAACAAAAUCUCUUCACAGGUUCUCGUGACAAAUCACAUAACAAUAUUGGAUGAAAUUGCAAUUUCUCUGGUAGUACACUGUGUAAAGCCUUGGAGGAACUCUAUUUCCAACACUACCAGUUGGCUCCUUGGCUACACAGACUUCAAGUAUGAGACUGGCAAACAAGCAUUUUUAGAGAAUCUCAAGAAAUAUGUAGCAGGGAAGGAGCUUCCUGUUUUGUGUGUGCCAGAAGGUGCUAUUACGAGUGGCCAGACUGCUCUCCUCAAGUUUGCUGAUUGGCCAUUCCUACUAGAGGAGGACGUACAACCUAUAGCCAUCACUGCUUCUAGGCCAGCUAUAUUUAAUGUGACUUUAAGUACUCUGGACUCAUCUUGGACAUCUGACUUAUUCUGGUUCCUGUUUGUCCCCUACACACACUUUCAUAUCAAGAGUCUCAAAGUGGUUGAGAAGGGAGAGGAUGAAAGUACUGAUCAGUAUAUACAGAGAGUACAGGGUGUCCUGGCAGAACAACUCAACAUCUCUACAACUCAGUACACAGCUGCCGAUAAGUCUCAGUUGAUAAAAAAAUUAUAUCUUGAAGAGCAACAGAGGCAUCGUGAUGCAGAAAUAAGAUUAAGGAGGAGUCAGACCAGAAGCCCCUCACCAUAUAGUCCAGCCACUCGCUCACACAUAGAGCUUCUUGCCGACCGAGUCAAGGAGGUCCUUCCACACGUUCCUACAGCUGUUAUUAAGAAAGAUUUAGGUGUAACUAGAGAUGUUGAUGCAACAAUAACAAACAUUCUAGAGGGGAAAAUAGAAUUUACACCAGAGGAUCUAAAUCCAGUCAAAAAAGAUACAAUAGAAAAAGUACCGUCUAAGUCACUACUAAAUCAGAAAAAACAAACUUUUUCAAAAAACUCCAAAGAACGCCAGAAAUCAUUUGAAGAAAGAAAACAAGAAAUGAUUGAGGCAGCUAGGCAACGAUACAUGGCCAAACAUGGAAUGAUGUAAUCUACAAUGAUCAUACAGGAAACAAAACUAAUUUUAGAGAUGUCUGACAUAAAGUAAUACAUGAAAAAUUACCAUGAAAUGAUAUAAUCUACUAUGAUUAGGAACCAAAAGUCGUUCAAGAGAUGUUUUGCGUAGGAAUGAAAAACAUUUUGUAAUGACAUGAAAAAGCAGAGUAUGUGAAUAUUUGUCUUUAGUUUUAUAGGAAUUGCAAAUGUUUUUUCAUGGACUCUCAGAGGCUCAACAAGGACUCAAGACUCCAUGAUAUUUCGAUGCGCAUGUACAGUCUUAAUAUAAGAUUAGGCAGAACUGUUCUAACUUUCCACUGAAUAAAGAAUACUGAUACUGAUAUUUAUAAGCCAAAUCAACUGCAAAAUUAAAUAACAUGGAGAAAACUUCAUAAUUGAGUAAUAAUUGAGUGUUCAUUCUUGAUAUCACAAAAAUCUAUAUUUGUUAUUCUAAAGUUCCCUCCAAUAUACAAGCUACAGAGUAUUCUACUUUUUAUCACCCUUAAUUACAGAUGUAAUAUGCGGAUAGAAACUCAGGAUUUAUAAAUGAUUAAAUAAAGUGAUAAUGGAGAAUUGUAGCAAUUAUCAUGUAUCAUGUAUGACAUACAUAAAAUAACAUACAAUCAAACUAGAAAUAUUUAUUUUUU